CCCCUCUUCUCCUGCGUGAAUUUUCUUUCGUGUCGUUUAUUCCAUGAAGGAGGAUUCCUCUCGGCUCGGCUCGCAACGAUACGUCGUUUACUUGGUGCACGCGCGUGUUGUGCAACCGCAAGGUGACUGCCAGGGUCCGCGCGUGGGGAAUAAUCGUGUAUCGAUAAUAAUAGCAACGUGCACGCGAACAAGCUGCAGUCGCGAAGGACGGAAGUCGAACGAGCCGGCAACGUGAAAGCAGGUCCCGUUGGUGAAAAUAUCGUGGAACCUAGCGUUUUCUUGCCAUUUUUCAGUGAACGUCGUCGAAGACUUUCAGAGAGGUUGUUCGAGAUCUGGUCGAUGGUGAGGAAGGCUUCCAGUAACCGGUUCUAUACGUUUAGAAAUGGAAAAUAGCAGACAAGGACGGCAGAAGCGCGCGAAAGUCGCGAUACCUAAUCAAGACUGAAGGAUUAGUCUGGCUUCGAACGGAAUGAUUGGAGAUGAAAAAGUGGAUGAGACGUUUCGAAAGGCUCGACGAGUGGAACGGGUUAGUCGGUUGAUGAUUCCGCAGGCAUUGUAAAAAUUUCGAAGAAACUUCCUCCGAAGAUUCUUUCUCGUUUGUUCAUUGCCGGCUUGUUGAAGAUGUAAUGUGAAAAGAAGAGAUUGAUGGAAAAUUGAGGAAGGAUAUUUAACAAAUAGAGCCUCGUUUUUUUCGAACUUUCGAGAAUAGAGUGCAACUAGAACGAACAAAUUGAAACUCGACAAAAGUGAAUGAUAAAAAAUGUUUAAUAAACGAAGCCUCGUUUUCAAGCACGAAAUUAAUGCUUGUAAGUGAUAGAACGUUGAAAAGAAGUUUCAUAAGUGUACUCUUGUUCUAGAUUAAAAAGCAGCAAAAACGGUCACACUGAUCUCAAGAUCGGUAACAGUUUCCACUCUACGCCACACAUCCAUCUUCGGAGAAGAAUUAUAAAAGAAGAAUUUAUAAAAAAUUCCAUAGAUCCUUCCGCAACAUCCAACAUCAAAACGCAAUCAAAACGACCAUCAGAAUCAAGUUUCAUCAGAAUCGUCUCAAGAUCCGUAACGAUCUUUAAAUAUCCAUCUUUAGAAAAGGAUGUAGAAAGAGAGCUUGUAGUAAAAGAUUGAAUAAAUAAAACACAUAAUGGUCGAUGAUAGGAAACGAAGGAUGGAGUAUUCGCAAGACUAAAGAGAUUGUAUUUUGAUUCAACUGAAGGGCAAAGGAUCGAUGCCGUGGGACGAACGUCGAACCAAGUAUCCUCGAGCGAAGAUCGAUGUCUGUUCGCGCUCGAGCGGCCUCGAAGCCGUGUGAUAACUGAUAAAUAUACCGGUCUUGCGGUACUCGCCUAAGAGAAUGCGGUUACAAACACAAGGGGAAAAAAGGACUACAGUGGUAGAUCUUUAAUGGUCGAUACUUUCGUUUAGAAAGCGCCGCGUCAGUUGCACAAAGAUUCGCGAUCGCGCCGCGUCGUUCCCUUGAACCGAUACUUGAUACGUCAUUUCGACCGGCGCCUAUUGUAAACAAAUCGAUUCAGUCGACAGUUUUUGAAAAUGUUCGUGGCAACGCGCGAUUCGUGCUUAUGCUGGGACAAUCGUUCGUUCUGACGAAAGGGGGAGAAAGUUACGGCCGCGUGAAUGAGAGUGGAAAAUGCAGCUACCAGUUCUGGACAGGGUUUGGCCACGAAGGAAGAAGAUGCGAACACGAUGGAAACGGUUCGAGAUUUCGUUGAGAAGAUAGUGGUGAGCUUGAUGGGUAACUUGAAUGACACUCCGAUCCAUCGAUUAUACGAUCAUCCGGCAUAUGACAAGCUUAUGGAAAGACAUAUAACACCCUUGGUAGACGCGCUCUCACGUUUGGCCAUGGUCCUGCGAUUGUCCUUAGAAAACAAACCAAACACGGAUUCGCCAACGAUGGCGCACACGGCGCUGCGCGAGAUCGUGGAGCGUGCCGUGGAGGAAGCGAGGAAGUUGCCGGGCCUCGGUGGUUCCGGUGUGUCCGGAAAUGCUCCAGAGGCACGGAACGUCGCGGAGGACAGUUACGAGGAUAUACUCGCCACCGCGAUACUCAACAAGGUCAUCGAGAAAUUCCAAAAGGAACAGGUGGACGGCAAUAGCAACGUUCUCCCAGGAAAACCAGUGUCCGCAAAGUGUGCGUUAAGCGAAAAUGAGGCAGGUCUCGACGAAGGUGUAGAAGAAGGCUGUAGCAGCCUAGAACCACUGUCUCAGGAUGAUUGUAGCAGCGACUGCAGUGCGUCUUGCUCGAGACGCGUUAGAAACCAACCGGAGCCAUUAUCUCUCACGAUAGAGGAAAGAAUUGAGGAAGUGACGACAACUUAUGCGUCCGACGAGGAUCAUAGGGAACACGACGUCUUGCCCAUUAAGAACGCCCAUCGAGUUCCGUUUCCUGAACUUGGAAUGGACAUUAUCGAUCCUUCUCAAGAAUCGGAGGACAGUCAAGACGACCCAGACACGUCGACCACGCACAUAGGUUUAGUUUCUCCGAUCGAAUCGUGGGAAGAGAAUUGGCUGUUCCAAAAGAAGAGAGUUCAAAGCCAGGCUGACCCUGUGGCCAUGUUGGUGCCUAAUCCCAGCGCCGAUUUCAAGGCUUUAAUCGGUGACAAGGACGCGGAAGACACAUCCGAUUUGUCCGAGUGUUCAUCGGCACAGUCAGACGAAGAGAUAGAAAAGGAAUUAAUGGAAGCCAUAAGCAGUGUCGUGCCACGAUCCCCGAAGAAAAAGGAGUUCGAAAAUGGUCUGGACUACUUAAAUUCGUCAGACAACUUUUCGUUGAAGGAGGAUGAUACGAAUUCAUUUUCCAAUGGCGGAUACGUAUACGUAUCUGAUGAGGAAAAGACUGACUGUAGACGCGUGAAAGACCAAAGGAAAGCAGAGAAACAGAGGGAAAAAGAAGAAGAUUAUAAACAAAGUGUAAAGGGAAACGAAGAAGUGAAAGCCAAAGAGAUUAAGGAGAAGGAAGUGAAAAGAAAAUUGGAGAGAGUCGAAACUGAGGAUGAGAAACCUGUUUCAGAAUCAAUAAAUGUAAUUAGUAACAGCUUGAAGAAGGUAGGAACGGAGCGACAGAAAACGAACGAUGUAUCCGAAGAGGAUAAAACGAGAAAUUUAAUCAACGGAGACGAUUUCAUUAAAGUAGAUCGAUCGGUGAAGAAAAGUGAAUCGGGUAAUCUAUCGAAUUCUGUUAAUUCGAAGCCUUUGACGGUUAUUCUGCCCGAUGAGAGUGAGCUAAACGUGCCAAAGACACCGACACCCACGCCGACGAGGAUUUCCAUGGAAAUUAGUCUGGAAAAUCCUCACAGCGAGAAAACGUACAUCUCGCAGGAGAAGAUCGUUCUGAAUUCUUUAGAAUGCGCGAAGAAAAAACUGAUGGCCGUCAAUGACGACAGUGUGGAAGCAUUCGAAGACGAGGAAACGAUGUUUGCUCAGCAAAAAGUCGACUUUCAUGCCGAAGAUAUUCAACAGGAAAGCGAAUACACCGAACAUUACGAUAUCGCGACUCAGAGACACUUGGAUAGCUUGACGAAGUCCGAAUCAUUCGAGUCUUCGCCAUUAACGAAUUCCUCGAUAGAGGAUGACGAAAGUAAGUGCCGACAGGCUGUGGCGUUUGCCAAAGCUGAAUCGGCUUCCCAUCUGUCCCUGCAGAACAAGGAUCCGGAGGAAGAGGGCCGGCUAGGUACUCCUCCGAGACCAGGUACAAUUGCCGAACGCGAGCACAAAAAGUGGGAAAAUGCACCACCUAUCGAGAACAACCCCUAUAGCCAGGAAAACAUUCAAAAGAGGCUUUUGGAGAGGCAGUACUCCAGAAGAUCGUCAGACAUUCCUGGAAUUCACACCGAAUUGCCAAAGAGCAACGGUGCGGAUAUGGAUGUCGUACUGGCGCCCCAUGAACCGGAUAUCAAAAGGUUCGGCAGGGACUAUUACAUCAACGAUUCAAGAACGUCGGGUAACGAGAAAGGGAGAAGAUCGACGGCGUCGACCUCGAGCAGACCGAGCAGCUCGUUGUCUCAACGAUCAAGUUCCAACGAAAUGGCGGACCAGGAUCAACAGGUGAGUUUCCAGCUCGAAAAGUUCGAGGAGGCUUCCCUGCGUGGCAGCCUUUCUAGAUGGACCUAUCGCGAUCCGUACUGCAGUCCGCAAUUUGCCAUCAACCCUCUUCUACGUUUGGAACUCGAUGUAUCAACAGAACCAACUGAUCGUGAUCACGAAAAAAUCAACGACUCUAACGAAAAAUCUACGGGAAACGAUGUUCCAAACGGUAUAAAAUAUUCGAAAAAUAUGACAGAGAAUAAAGAACAUAUCGACAAGUACGAAGCGAUCAUAGACAAGGAAACUAAAUAUUUUGAUAUCGGUGGACAAGAUGUUAAACCUCUUGGCACUGACAAUGAUAUUUUAAAACUUAUGUCGAGCGAAUUUUCGCAAAAGGUCGCUUAUAAUCCGCUCUACGAACCCGAGAAAAGUAUCCUGAAGUCAGAUGACUCAGGAAUGUUCUCGGUCGAUAUGAACCCCAUGGAGGAUAAUAAGAAGCAAAGUGAGGAGUUUUGGAGGCUAUGGAUCAAUGACAAUCAGAAUCAUACGAAAAACGAUCAGAUUCUGUCGUUCAAUGGAAGGAAAUACUGGAACCUUAAUGGCUACAAGUAUCACACAUUCGGAGGAAUAAAGAACUCUCUUGAUAAAAGCGUGGAGGAUUCUGACGCGGAGGAUAACUUGAAAAUGGAGACACGUGACGACGAGCCCUUCGAUAUCACGGAUUUCAGUAAAUUCAAGUUUCAGACGUUCGGCGGUAUAAAGAAGGGGAAGAAGAUCGACGGGAAAGGAAUUCCCAUGUAUAGAAAGAUGAUAUUAAGAUCGUGUAUAAGGAAUUAUAAAAAUACCAAAGGAAUGAGGUCGUCUCAAAGCGAUCCUGCCUUACACCGCAUGAAUGGAAUAAAUAAUGCGUCGAACGAAAAGAUCGAUCAGGAGUCUGAUAGACAGAGCGAUUACGAAAGUGACAGUUCCGAGGAGAAAGAUACGACGAAGUACCUUAAUAUAAAUACGAAGAGAAAGCACAAUAACAAGUUCUACAAGAGACGAGUUAAGACGGUGUUUUCGUCGUAUAGAUCGUCCUCGGACGAAUCUUGGCAAGACGAAGAUGCUCAAUCAUUUGACAAACGGAUAAUGCGAAAAUGUUUAAGGGACACGCCCAAGAAAAUCAAAUUACGACCGAAUCCGGAUAACGAUUCUAAUUACUUUUUCAAUACGUCCAGAAGGAAGGUGUUCAACGAUAGUUUGAGAAGAGUUCGAACGCAGAAACGAUUGUCGGACGAUAACGAAAGUUUGAAGCUGGAGCCACCUAUCGUACCGGAGAUGGUCGAAAAAACUUUCGAAACUUUACAAGACCUUCGAAGCAAAGGGAAGAAAAAGAAGAGCAAAAGUUCCGACUCGAACGACCGAAAAAAAACUGGUGUGAGAUGUUUGACCGAUCUAACGAUAUGGUGAAAGUAGUUACUUAAAUUGGUUCCCGUUGGGAAAUCUAAACUCUUCCACGCGUAUAGAAGUUAGUACUUUUUGUUUUUUAAAGAAAUGUCUUUUCCUAUUUUAUCGUAUAUAGUGCCAUAUUGUCAACUAAAAGUUCCUCGAAAGGUGUCCAAAACGUAUCAAAGAUGCGAAUUCUAUUUUUCACCGAUAGAUUAUAGAGAAGAAAUUUAUUGUACAAAGGAGCGUAUAUUGUAACUGUUAUAAAUAUAUUGUUUCUAAUGAACGUAACGAAUAAUGAGACAUGUGACUUUACUUGAAGUGUGCAUGACACUAUAACGGUGUAGGUAUUUGUCCCUACGAUUAAUCCUCGCGUAGCAAAUUCGAACAUUCUAUGACUACUUAAAUACCAUCUUUAUUAGUUUCAAUUGUGGUAUAACAGAAAAGUUAGUACGCUCUGUAAGCAAACUGUAAAUAAAACUUUCCUGACUCUUUCUUGUA